AUGCAUUUGGGAGCAGGUAGCAGGAGAGCGUGUGGCACUCUUCCAUUCCGAUUCAUCGGCAGGAGGCAUGUCGAGACGCUUGGGUUGAAAUUUUCGAGCUCUGGAGGGAGAAUUCAUGCUACAUGGCCAUCCAGAGCAUCGAUUUCACGAAGUAGAUCACCCCGGAGCUUAUAUCUUUGUGGUCCAUUUGAGUCUUGCCGAACUCUUGCUACAAUCCAAGGUGAUUCGAAGACUCUGUCUUCGCUCAACUCGGAGCAGCUUGAGCCGUACAGACCGCCAACCACUGGCCUAUUGUCGUAUCUUCCUCGUGCAGCCGUGCCAUAUGCUGAGCUAAUUCGUCUGGAUAAACCCACUGGAACGUACUACCUCUUCUUUCCCUGCCUCUUUAGCACGCUUCUUGCUGCACCACUCGUUACGCCCAUUGCUCCUCUCUCAGUGGUUCUUGGAAAGAUUGCUAUCUUCGCAACAGGCGCUCUUGUCAUGCGUGGGGCAGGUUGCACAAUUAACGACCUCUGGGACCGAAACUUGGAUCCUCAUGUUGCGCGCACACGUCUUCGACCCAUCGCACGCGGCGCUGUCUCUCCUCGAAACGCCCUUUUUUUUACGGCAGGGCAGUUGAUGGUUGGUCUGGCCGUUUUACUGCAGCUACCACAACCAGAAUCCUUCUUUUAUGGCGCCGCCUCUCUCCCGCUUGUGGCACUUUACCCGCUUGCAAAACGCGUGACGUACUAUCCACAAGCUGUUUUGGGCCUCACGUUCUCCUGGGGCGCCUGGAUGGGAUUUCCUGCUUUGGGAAUCGAUCUGCUUUCAGACACUACGGCUCUGACUGCUGCCGCGCUACUUUACACGAGCAACGUGUGUUGGACUAUUCUAUAUGACAUGAUCUACGCGCAUAUGGACAUCAAAGAUGAUGUAAAAGCAGGCAUUAAAUCUAUCGCUCUGGCACAUGAAGCAAACACGAAAACCGUCCUGACCGGUCUAGCUACAGCGCAGGUUGGGCUUCUGGCUGCAGCAGGAACUGUCGUCGGUGCAGGACCAAUAUUCUUUGCUGGAAGUUGUGGAUCCGCGAUUGCGACACUAGCUGUUAUGAUAUGGAGAGUCAACUUGAAGAACGUGAAGAGCUGUUGGUGGUGGUUCAGAAAUGGCUGUUGGCUUACUGGUGGAGGUAUUGGGCUUGGGUUGUUUGGAGAAUACCUCGCUAAGUAUUUGGAAUGGUAUGAAACUGGACCGGAUAGAAGUCAGGGGCUGCAUACUCCCACUUAG